AUGGCGACUGCUCUCCGCCCAGCAGCAGCAUCGCGCUGCCUCCUUUCCCAGGCCCGAGUCGUCAUCCCCCAGAAGCGCAACUUUGCCACCACAAUCUCAGAAACUCCGCCCGCAACGACCACAUCCUCCACUCCCCGCGCCGCCACCGCUUUCACAGACCGGCUCAACAGCGGACCCUCCUUCGGCGACUUCGUCUCUACUCCGAAGGAAAAGAUCCUCACACCCUCCGAACUCUACGAACUCCGCGAAGUAGAAAUUGGCCCGGCCGGCCGUAAGAGAAAACACACUCGACUACCCUCAUGGCUGCAAACCCCUGUGCCCUCGAACAACAACUACAAAAAGAUCAAACAGGACUUGAGGGGUCUAGGCUUACACACCGUGUGCGAAGAAGCUCGAUGUCCUAACAUCAGUGAUUGCUGGGGCGGAUCCAGCAAGAGUGCCGCGACAGCGACAAUCAUGUUGAUGGGAGAUACGUGCACGCGCGGUUGUCGAUUCUGUUCCGUGAAGACGAGUAACAAGCCUGCGGCGUUGGAUCCUCAUGAACCGGAAAAUACAGCGGAGGCACUCAAGCGGUGGGGAUUGGGAUAUGUGGUUCUGACAUCAGUAGAUCGGGAUGAUUUGGCCGAUGGAGGAGCCGCACAUUUCGCAGAAACAAUCAUGAAGAUCAAGAGCAAAGCGCCCCAAAUACUCGUGGAAGCGCUCACUGGGGAUUUCGCAGGAGAUUUAGAAAUGGUCCGCAAAGUAGCCACCAGCGGACUAGACGUGUACGCACACAAUGUGGAGACAACCGAAGCUCUGACAUCCCAGGUCCGAGAUCGACGAGCAACAUUCCCACAAAGUCUCUCCGUCCUCCGAGCUGCCAAGCUGGCAAAACCCAGCCUCAUCACCAAAACCAGCAUCAUGCUCGGCCUCGGCGAAGAAGAAGACCAACUCUACCAAACACUCCGCGACCUCCGCAAAGCCGACGUGGACGUCGUCACCUUCGGCCAAUAUAUGCGUCCCACGAAACGACACAUGAAAGUCCACACAUACGUCACGCCCGCGACAUUCGAGCUGUGGAGACAAAGAGCUCUGGACAUGGGUUUCUUAUAUUGCGCUUCUGGCCCCCUCGUUCGAAGCUCAUACAAGGCGGGUGAAGCGUUUAUCGAAAAUGUCCUCAAGAAGAGGGCGGCGAACCAAACUACUACUACGACUACAACUACUCCUGAUCCGAAUUCACUCCCGGAGAUGCUAAGAUGUUAAAAAGGAGAGAUAUAUAAAGCUACGUUAUGAAAAAUUCCAGAGAAAUGGGAACAUUACGGGUAGAAAGGAUGCACCCGGGGGUACAUUGGUUCGGUGUUGAUAUUUCCAUGCCUAGGUGUGCAUACUUGAGGUCAGGUAGCGACCAGG